AUGGCGGCCAGCGGUGCGCUCCCCGUGGUGGACCUGGCGCCGUUCUUCACCGACGACGGCCACGACGGCGGCGUCUCCCGCGCCAGCGCCACCGAGGCCGUGCGCCAGGCGUGCCGGACGCACGGCUUCUUCCGUGCCGUCAACCACGGCGUGCCGGCCCACCUCAUGGCGCGCGCGCUCGAGCUGUCGGCCGCGUUCUUCGCGCUGCCGGACGAGGACAAGGCCAGGGCCCGGGCGGCCGAGGGCUCCGAAGCGCCCCUCCCCGCGGGCUACGCGCGGCAGCCAGCGCACUCGGCGGACAAGAACGAGUACGUGCUGGUGUUUGAUCCCAAGCUCGGGUUCAACGUGUACCCCGACGAGCCAGCCGGAUUCAGAGAGGCAGUGGAGGAGUGUUACGCCAAGUUCACCGAGCUGGGGCUGCUCAUCCAGGAGGUCGUGAACGAGUGCAUGGGCCUCCCGCCGGGCUUCCUCAGGGACUACAAUAGCGACCGCAGCUUCGACUUCAUGGCGGCGCUGCGCUACUUCCCGGCGACGGAGGAGGAGGUCAACGGCAUCAGCGCGCACGAGGACGGCAACUGCAUCACCUUCGUCAUCCAGGAUGGCGUCGGGGGGCUCGAGGUCCUCAACGACGGCGACUGGGUCCCGGUAGAGCCCGUCGACGGCAGCAUCAUCGUCAACCUAGGCGACGUCAUACAGGUGCUGAGUAACAACAAACUCAAGAGCGCGACACACCGGGUGGUGAGGAGGCCGGUGCACAGGCACUCGUUCGCCUUCUUCUUCAACAUCCAUGGCGACAAGUGGAUCGAGCCGCUGCCGGAGUUCACGGCCAAGAUCGGCGAGACGCCGCGGUACAGGGGGUUCGUGUACAACGAGUAUAUGCAGCUGCGGAUGAAGAACAAGACCCAUCCGCCGGCAAGGCCCGAGGACGUCGUCCACAUUACCCACUACGCCAUCUAG